CUACUGCUAACAGUUGAAUCAACGGUGUUGAUGGCGUCGAACGAGGACCAGCGGCGCACGGAGGAGUAUUUUCUCAAAACCACAGCGCCCAAGUGGACCGAUGAGCGACGCGAGCAAGUGGAGGCCUUUCUGGACCACCACCGUGUCGUGGGUAAGUGCGUAGCGGUCGUAACGUCCGGAGGCACGACUGUCCCGCUCGAGCGCAACACUGUGCGCUUCCUGGACAACUUCUCCACGGGAUCAAGAGGUGCCGCAUCCGUCGAAUAUCUGCUGGAACUAGGAUAUGCUGUCAUCUACGUGCAUCGUCCUGGAUCCGUGGCCCCCUUCGCCAGGCACCUACAGAGAGCUACGUGCUCGUCACUGGACGUGGACUUCAUGCAGCAUGUUGACGCGCGCAAUGUUAACGUGCACGAGCAGCAGAUCCGGUUGAUGAUAGAAGACCCGACAGCAAAGAAGAACGUGGUGGACGCUGUUAAUAAGCUACGCAACGUCCGCUCGGCCAAUACGUUGCUUACUCUGCCAUUUACGUCAGUGGACGACUAUUUCUUCCUCCUGCGUAUGGUGGCAACCUGCGUAGCGCCCUGGAAGGAACGGGCAUUGUUCCUUCUAGCAGCUGCGGUAAGCGACUUCUACAUUCCGCAGCAGGACUUGGCAGUACACAAGAUCCAAUCGCGAGCGGGUCCGCUGGAACUGACGCUUCAACAAGUACCCAAGAUGCUAGGCGUAUUGCGUCACAACUGGGCGCCGCAGUCUUUCGUGGUGUCAUUUAAGCUGGAGACAGACUGGGAUAUUCUCCGCAAGAAGGCCAAGCAGGCGAUCUCCAAGUACGCGAUGCACUUGGUUAUCGCAAACGAGCUUCACUCUCGUUUCGACGAGGUGCUUCUGAUUACGGACAAGGACGAACGCUCCAUCACUCGUCCAAAGGAAGAAGUUGACAUCGAAGCAGGCUUAAUGGGAGCGGUCGCAAGUAUGCACUACCAUUAUAUCGCGUCACAGGAUGUCUCUGUUCCCGAUGAAAUCGGUCACCGCGUCUCGCGUAGCAUCAUCUCCAGCUCGAGAGUGUGGAGGAAAUUGCCUCCGCCCAUGCAACGUAUGCUGUCCGUAAUGGAUGAACAUAAGGAGGAAAUCUUAGGCGUCGUGGUGGGAGGUUUGUUGUCCGUAAUGCUCAAUAUGCUGCAGAACCAGCUACGCCGAUCACGCUGAGGAACGAAAGAUAAAACAUCCUAAGGCUUAGAUAAAAUGGGUCUGGAUUCUGGAUAGAUUGCAAUAAAAUGCUUUUAAGCAAUCUACUCACUCUGGUGCUGUCG